AAGAUUUUUUUUUCAAAUAGUCAAGCGCUCGCAAACUCCGUUGAUGAAACAUGUAAGAAAAUACUUCCGCUUUCCCGUCUCUCUUCUUGUAUUCGUCCAACUCCAGCGCGCGCACAUAAACCCUCUCUAGGGUUUUACCUGUUGAAAUGAAAAAUACGGAAGAUGAAGAUCGGUUAAGAGAAUUGCAGGAAGCCAUAUAUUCCGACCCGGACAAUUAUUCCCACCAUUACAAUCUCGGGCUUUUCUUGUGGGAGAAGGGGGAAGACACGAAGGAAUUGAAGGAAAAAGCAGUAGAGCAUUUCGUAAUUUCAGCUAAACUAAAUCCAAACAAUAGUCAUACCUUUCAGUUCUUAGGCCACUACUACAGUCGAGUAUCGGUUGACUCACAAAGAGCUUCUAAGUGUUACCAGAGAGCUCUCACUCUCAAUCCCAAUGAUUCUGAAUCUGGGGAAGCUCUGUGUGAUUUAUUGGAUAAUGAAGGCAAAGAGAGUUUGGAAAUUGUUGUGUGCAAAGAAGCUUCAGAGAAGUCACCGAGGGCUUUUUGGGCUUUCCGGAGGCUAGGUUACCUGCAGGUGCAUCAAAAGAAAUGGUCUGAAGCCGUACAGAGCCUUCAACAUGCUAUAAGGGGUUACCCUACAUGUGCAGAUUUAUGGGAAGCUCUUGGUCUUGCAUACCAGCGACUGGGAAUGUUUACGGCUGCUAUAAAAUCAUAUGGGCGAGCCAUUGAAUUGGAGAAUUCAAGAGUCUUUGCAUUGAUUGAGAGUGGAAACAUUUUGUUGACGCUUGGUUCCUUCAGAAAGGGAGUGGAGCAAUUUCGACAGGCUUUGGAAACUUCACCUUGCAACAUAGCUGCACAUUAUGGUCUAGCUUCUGGGUUGCUUGGUUUGUCAAAGGAGUGUGUAAAUUCAGGUGCAUUUAGUUGGGGAGCUUCAUUACUGGAGGAAGCAUCUGAUAUUGUGAAAAAAAGUACGUUUUUAGCAGGAAAUAUUACCUGCAUUUGGAAGUUGUGUGGUGAUAUCCAGCUUACAUAUGCAAAAUGUUUGCCAUGGGUGGAUGAAGGCCAGAAAUUAGGAACCAACGAAGAGGCUUUUAGAACUUCCAUCUUUUCCUGGAAAAGGAAGUGCCAUUUGACUGCAAUAGCUGCUAGUCAUUCUUAUCAGCGGGCUUUACACUUGGCACCAUGGCAGCCUAAUAUCUACAUAGACAUUGCAAUCUCUGUAGAUCUCAUUUAUUCAUUGGAGGAAAGAAGUAGACCUGAGUCAGAUGUUUGGCAGCUGCCUGAGAAGAUGUCCCUAGGUGGCUUGUUGCUUGAAGGAGACAAUGAUGACUUCUGGGUGUCUUUAGGAUGCUUGUCAGACAACAAUGCAUUGAAGCAGCAUGCUCUUGUCAGAGGAUUGCAGUUGGAUGUAUCUCUUGCUGUUGCAUGGGCAUACCUGGGAAAACUUUACAGAAAACAGGGUGAGAAGCAGUUAGCUCGCCAAGCAUUUGAUCAUGCUAGAAGCAUAGAUCCUUCCCUUGCAUUACCAUGGGCGGGAAUGUCAGUGGAUACCCAUUCUAGGGGUUGCACGCCAGAGGAGGCAUUUGAAAGCUGCCUACGGGCUGUACAGAUAUUGCCUCUUGCAGAAUUUCAAAUUGGUCUUGGAAAGCUUGCUUUUGAUUCAGGCCAACUUGUAUCUUCACAGGUUUUUGCAGCCAUCCAACAGGCUGUGCAGCAUGCACCUCACUGUCCCGAGGCCCAUAAUUUGAAUGGGCUGAUUUGUGAGGCACGGUCUGAUUACGAGUCUGCAAUUUCUGCUUAUAAGCUAGCACAAUGCGCCAUCAGCACUUUAGCAAUCAGUGCACCUAAGUCCCAUUUUUAUGAUGUAUCAAUUAAUCUGGCCAGGUCGCUUUGUCAGGCAGGUAAUGCCCUUGAUGCAGCACAAGAAUGUGAAUUUUUGAAGAAAGAAGGUAUGCUUGAUAGCAGGGUCUUACAAAUAUAUGCUAUCUCCUUGUGGAAGCUUAGAAAGAAUGAUCUGGCCCUCUCUGUGUCAAGAAAUCUAGCAGCAAGUAUUCCCACAAUGGAGCGAACAUCUGGUGUAGUCUCUAUAAGUUUGAUCUGUAAAUUGCUGUACCACAUUUCUGGGCAGGUAUCUGCAAUAACAAGCAUCAUGAAAAUGCCCAAGGAAUUAUUGCAGAGCUCAAAGAUAAGUUUUAUUGUCUCUGCAAUUAAUGCUCUGGAUCAUAGCAAACGGCUUGAGUCGCUUAUUCCAAGUACUCGUCAUGUUCUUAAAUCUUAUGAAGAGAUUACUGGAAUGCAUUCUCUAAUUGCCAUAAGCAAACUAGUUAGACAUGGAUCAGAAGAGAGCUUGGUAAUUCAGAGUGGAGUGAAUCACCUCAGAAAAGCUCUUCACAUGUAUCCUGAUAGUAGUUUGAUAAGGAACCAACUUGGGCAUCUUUUACUGUCCAGUAAAGAAUGGAAAGAUAUUCACAUUGCAACCAGGUGUUCCAUCAUUAAUCCUCCUGAUUGUCCAGCUGUGAGAGGUUCAAAAUCAGGAUAUGGGAUUUUAGGUGCUGCAGCUGUUGCAUGCUAUGCCAGUAGCACUACCGACCAGAGGUUCUCUUUCCAUACGUGUAAGGAUCAGUGCAUGGAUGGAGCACGAGCACUGCAAAAAAUGCAGAGAUGGUUGCAUCAAGAACCAUGGAACCAUAAUGCCAGGUACUUGCUUCUACUUAACGUUCUUCAGAAAGCUCGUAAGGAGAGAUUUCCUUGGCAUCUAUGUAUUACACUAAAGCGGCUAGUAUUGUCUGCUCUCUUUAAUGAAGAACAAUACUUGAAGAAAGAUGCUUCUCAUAUUUAUCAAAAGUUUCAGAUCUUACUAUGUGCUUCUGAGAUCAGUUUGCAAAGUGGGGACCACAUUGACUGUAUAAAUCAUGCUACAAAUGCAUCAAAGCUUCUGGUUCCUGAUGGCAAUCUCUUCUUUGCACAUUUGCUCUUAUGCCGUGCCUAUGCACUACAGGGGGACUUUCCAAACAUGCACAAAGAGUAUUUGAAAUGCUUGCAACUUAAGACAAACCAUGAAAUUGGUUGGAUAUGCCUCAAGUUAAUUGAAUCUAGACAUAAACUACAAAUUGAUGUUAACAAGAUAGAGUUGAAUUUUGAGGAAAGCUUGAAGGAAAACAGGAGUUCAUGGGAUAAAUGGAUGGCCAUCUUUAAUUUACUGCAGGGUCAGAGUUCCAUAUGGGGUCAUGAUUAUAUUUCUGCUGAGGAGGCUCUUGCACAUGCUUGUUCAUUGGCGGGUGCUGAAAGUUGCCUAUUUCUCUGUCAUGGUGCUAUCUGUAUGGAGCUUGCUAGGCAGCAGUGUGGCUCUCAAUUCUUAUCGCUUGCAGUGGGCAGUCUCACCAAGGCUCAAGAGGCCUCUAUCAUUCCAUUACCUAUUGUUUCAACAUUGCUGGCUCAAGCAGAGGCAAGCCUUGGUUCCAGAGCAAAGUGGGAAAAAAACCUCCGUCUUGAAUGGUUUUCUUGGCCACCAGAGACGAGGCCAGCUGAAGUGUAUUUUCAGAUGCAUGUGCUUGCAAGACAGGCCGACUCUAUUUCUGACUCUUCUUACGUGGAGUCUUUUCAAAGUUCGCAGAAGUGGCUUCUCCGGGCAAUUCAUUUGAAUCCGUCUUGUUUGAGAUACUGGAGAGUUUUGCAGAAGUGGACUGGUUGAUUUCUGAGGUUGUGCAUUUUCAGUUUUUCUAAAUUCUAAAUGAGGUUCUGCAUAAAGGGGGCACAUCCCUUAUGAAAAGACAAACAAGUACUCCCAUUAAAGUACACAGGUGCAUAGGAGUGCCUGCCUGUCUUUUCAAAGCAUCACUUCCGUUCUUUUCACAGGGGUAUGCCCCCUAUCAAAAAUUGGAUUUGUUCUAAUCACAAUUAUUUUAAUUAUCCUAGUUUUUCUCAAUGUCCUACAUUGUUAUAGACCCAAGAGGUUGUCUCAAGCAUUUCCUCAUUUGCUUGCACACACUUGUAAUGGAUUGAUCCUAAUUUGCCAAUUUUCAGCACAUUCAUCAACUUCCUAUUCAGCCCAACCUGGAAAGAAACUAUUUGAAUUUAUUGUCCUGAAGAUUUGACCUUGUGCCUUGUUCUGGAUUUGAAGGCUUUGCCUAUUUGUAAUAGUUGUACUGAAGUUGCCGCUUAAGCUGGGUGGAACCAAGUAUUAGGCUGUUAGCUAUUCAGCAAAUAGAAUACAGGAGAUCUACCAUCCACAAGUUUCCAAUUAGAGCUUAUUCAUUUUGCAAGAACCUGGUUGAUACAACACCCUAACCCAAUUUUCAUUUAGUAGCUGCAUUGUCUACUUUCUCCUUGUGGUGGGUGCCCGAAAUUUACAGAAAAAUAAUUUGUUUUAUUAUCUAGACUAUUGAGCCAAUGAGCUUUAACUAUGAGGGGCUUCCAUGCGUUUGUGUGAGAA